UGACGUCACCGCGGCGACACGUGGAUCCAAGAUGGCGGCGGCGAUGGAUUGGUUGCCGUGGUCCCUGCUGCUCUCUCUCAUGUGGGAAACAAGCGCCUUCUAUGUCCCUGGGGUUGCGCCCAUCAACUUCCACCAGAACGACCCUGUAGAAAUCAAGGCUGUGAAACUCACCAGCUCUCGAACCCAGCUACCUUAUGAAUACUACUCACUGCCCUUCUGUGCUCCAAAAAAAAUCACCUACAAGGCAGAGAAUCUGGGAGAGGUGCUGAGAGGGGACCGGAUUGUCAACACCCCUUUCCAGGUUCUCAUGAACAGCGAGAAGAAGUGUGAGGUGCUGUGCGGCGAGUCCAAGCCAGUGACCCUGAGCGUGGAGCAGAGCCGGCUGGUGGCCGAGCGGAUCACAGAGGACUAUUAUGUGCACCUCAUCGCCGAUAAUCUCCCCGUGGCCACCCGGCUGGAGCUCUACUCCAACCGCGAGGGAGAUGACCGGAAGAAGGAGAAAGACGUGCAGUUUGAACACGGCUACCGGCUGGGCUUCAUGGAUGUCAACAAGAUCUACCUGCACAAUCACCUCUCGUUCAUUCUCUACUACCACCGAGAGGACCUGGAAGAGGACCAGGAGCACACGUACCGCGUCGUCCGCUUCGAGGUGAUUCCCCAGAGCAUCAGGCUGGAGGACCUCAAAACAGGCGAGAAGAAGUCAUGUACCCUGCCCGAGGGCACCAACUCCUCACCCCAAGAAAUUGACCCAAACAAGGAGAACCAGCUGUACUUCACCUACUCCGUACACUGGGAGGAAAGCGACAUCAAGUGGGCCUCUCGCUGGGACACCUACCUGACCAUGAGCGACGUGCAGAUCCACUGGUUCUCUAUCAUUAACUCUGUCGUGGUGGUCUUCUUCCUGUCAGGCAUCCUCAGCAUGAUCAUCAUUCGUACCCUGAGGAAGGACAUCGCCAACUACAACAAGGAGGAUGACAUUGAAGACACCAUGGAGGAGUCUGGGUGGAAGCUGGUGCAUGGCGACGUCUUCCGGCCCCCCCAGUACCCCAUGAUCCUCAGCUCCCUGUUGGGCUCAGGCAUUCAGCUCUUCUGUAUGAUCCUCAUCGUCAUCUUUGUGGCCAUGCUCGGGAUGCUGUCGCCUUCCAGCCGGGGCGCGCUCAUGACCACCGCCUGCUUCCUCUUCAUGUUCAUGGGGGUGUUCGGCGGAUUCUCUGCCGGUCGGCUCUACCGCACUCUCAAAGGCCACCGGUGGAAGAAAGGCGCCUUCUGUACAGCAACUUUGUACCCUGGUGUGGUGUUUGGCAUCUGCUUCGUGCUGAAUUGCUUCAUCUGGGGCAAACACUCGUCGGGAGCGGUGCCCUUCCCCACCAUGGUGGCCCUGCUGUGCAUGUGGUUCGGCAUCUCCCUGCCCCUCGUCUACUUGGGCUACUACUUCGGCUUCCGCAAGCAGCCGUAUGACAACCCUGUGCGCACCAACCAGAUCCCCCGGCAGAUCCCCGAGCAGCGGUGGUACAUGAACCGGUUUGUGGGCAUCCUCAUGGCCGGGAUCCUGCCCUUCGGUGCCAUGUUCAUCGAGCUGUUCUUCAUCUUCAGUGCAAUAUGGGAGAAUCAGUUUUAUUAUCUCUUUGGCUUCCUGUUCCUCGUCUUCAUCAUCCUGGUGGUCUCCUGCUCCCAGAUCAGCAUUGUCAUGGUGUACUUCCAGCUCUGUGCAGAGGAUUACCGCUGGUGGUGGCGAAACUUCCUGGUCUCUGGGGGCUCAGCCUUCUACGUCCUGGUCUAUGCCAUCUUCUAUUUUGUUAACAAGCUGGACAUUGUCGAGUUCAUCCCCUCGCUGCUCUACUUUGGCUACACGGCCCUCAUGGUCCUGUCCUUCUGGCUCCUCACGGGCACCAUCGGCUUCUAUGCAGCCUACAUGUUUGUCCGCAAGAUCUACGCUGCUGUGAAGAUAGACUGAUGGGGUGGACCGGACCAGGGCCAGGCCCACCUCGUCGUCGGACUGGAAGCCACCUGCGCAGGGGACUGCAGGCGCCCAAAAUAAAAUCGCUCCUGCCCUUUGGGCUGUGACUCCUGGCACAGUGUUCCUGGACCCGGGGCUGCGAGGGUGCGGGAGGGCCUGUAGAUAAAUCUUGCAUUUUCCUUCAUCGUCUUAUUCCGGUUCUGUGGGGGAUGAGUUUUUUUGUGGGUUGUUUUUCUUCAGUGCUGAGAAAGUUCCCUCGGCAGGAACUCUUCGACCUGUUUCUUCAGGUUUGGUUUUUGGUUUGGGUUUUUUUUUUUUUUUAUCAAAUGGACCCAGGACGGAUGAGUCCGCCGAGACACUGGGUUCCGGUCACUGUCUCCACCUCAGUUCCUCAGGGCUGUUGGCCACCCCACGACUGACCGGGAGAGUGACCACCUGCCUUCCCAGGCUUCCUCCGGGCUCCCGAGCCUCUUGGCCACCGCCCUUGCCGUGGAUGCUGUGACAAAGCCCAGCUGCAGGUGGGACACGCGUGCUCAGUGCCAGCCUGCACGCCAGCCUCUUCCCCUACCUCCCCCGGGGCUGCCCCCCCGAAGGGCUUCUGCUCGUCUCGUCGCCCGGAGCAAGCCCGGGUCUCAUCCCUGGAAGUGUGGGGGGUGCCCAGGGUCUCAGAACAGCAGGAUACCCCCUGCUCAGAGCGGCAGGAGUCGGCUCGUCUAAAGAAGAGACUUCAGUGAACUGUCUUGUGCCAAGAAAUAAACCCUGGACGUGGGGCCAAGUGUUUCCAGAGCCAGGCAUGCGGGGGCAGUCUGGGUCGAGGGUACCCCAGCCCCUUCUCUGGGGAUAGCUGCUCUGUGGGCUGUAUGUAUGGCUUACGAAGUCUCCCCCCGGGCUCGCCCGCCUCAGUGCCCACUCGGGGCUCUCUGAGCUCUUGGCCCCUCCAGCGCGUGACCCUCUGCGGACACCCAGAGCCCUCUUGUGAUGGGAUGACGGGGGGUAAGUGCCAUCCUGCCUGCCCCACUUCCCAGGAACAGGCUUAGGAAAUGGGAACGAACGGGGCAGGCCUGGCUCCUACAUCGAUAACCCUGGCCGCCCCCCACCCCACCAUCCCCCUCACCCCAAGGAUAUCCACUCUUCAGUGGCCAGCCAUCAAACCCACCAUGGGAUGAGGGUUGAAGGAACAGCCACACGGCCUGGCUCCAGCAGCUUUGGGAUUCCUACCACGAGACAGAGCCAGGAACACUCACGCCCUUCACCCCCAACCCAGCGUCUGCCCCAGGCCCCACCGACUGCACCAAUCAGACCAGUGAACUCCGCCUCACCACGGUCACGCCGCAGCGCCAGGUGGCACCCAGGAAUCCGGCGGCAGGAAAGGGACCCUGCGCCGAUGAUGAGUUCUUUUGUUCGUUCCAAUCGUGGGUUUUUUUUUUUUCCCGAAGAGAUUCUCUUGUGGGGGUUUGUGGGGGAAAUGGACUCAUAAAGAGUUCGAUUAUCAUCCAUUUUUCUGACUUUUUAAAUCAUCGUUAUUAUUUUUAAUUAAGAAAAAUGCCUGUAUGCCUUUUUUUGAUCCCGUUGUAAAUAAAUAUGCCAUUGUCCUAUU